AGCCUUAUAGAGAGACUGGAGCUGAGAAGAGCAGCUUGCUGAAAGCGUUCUCCUUUUUCGACUCACAACUCCACCUUCGUCGCCGGUACCUCCACAAAUUCCGGUAAGCUUAUUGCGGCUCAAAUCGGAAAGUGGGAGAGAGAAAAUUGAAGAGAGACAACUUCCCCAGUCGGAUCACUACGUUCUUUUCACCUCUGGCCAUUGCUAGUCUGCGAAGAAGCUACUGAUAGAAUUGAAGCAAUUUCUCGAAAAUUUCUGGUAGAAGAAAUGAUAAGAACAGGUGGCGUUGCGUUGCGAUCCAUUAUCAGUUACUUUUCUGUCCGAAGACUCACUCCCCAUUUCGUUAAACCUCUCUCUACAAAUGCUACUUCAGGUGAUAGAAUUGAUGAUAAAGAAAGUCCUAAUUCUUUUGAGUCACGUGAUGAGUUUGAGCACCGGAUAUUUGGUGGCAUUUCUGGGAGCAGCUCAGCUACUGACUCCUUUUUCCAAAAGCUUGACAGACUUGCAAACACUCGCAACAGGACUGGUUCCAUACGGAAUGAAGGAGAUAGUUGGGAAGGUGAUGGUUUGGAGGGCAUAGAUGAGAGUUCUGACUCGUUAUCCGAUAGAAUGGAUGAGAAGCUGAGGAAAUGGGCAGAAUAUUUUGGAUUUGAUCCUGAGGAAACAGAACAAGAUGGCUAUGAGUAUAGACCAGAUGUUAAUUUUCAAAUUGAUUCAACUUAUGACAUCAAGGAUCUUGAUCUUAGAAAGCCAGGAGUACGUAAACCUGUCAAAAGGCCAGAGUUUAAAGUAACAACAGAGGAAGUUCUGAGAAAAGCUGACUUCAGGAAUGUUGAAUUCCUUGCAAACUUCAUAACAGAGGCUGGAAUUAUUAUUAAGAGGAGCCAGACUGGCAUAAGUGCCAAGGCGCAGAGGAAGGUUGCAAGGGAGAUCAAAACAGCUCGAGCUUUUGGUCUAAUGCCUUUCACCACAAUGGGUACAAAAUCAUUUGUUUUUGGGAAAACUAUGGAGCAUCUUGACAGGGACUUUGCAUAUGCGAGUGUCAAUGACCAGGUAGAGGAUGAUGCAAAUGUCGACCCUCAAGAAAAUUAGGAUGCAACGUGAAAUUAACGUUAAGCUCUUCGAUCCAAUUGUUCUCUUGGUUCGCCCGUUUGUUUGUGGGUGGCCCUGAUAAAUGUUCUUAAAAUUUAUAAAUUAAAUAAUUUUUUAUUAAAAUUUAUGCUUUAAAUUUAGAAAUUUGUGAAA